AUGAGAGAGAGAGAGAGAGAGUGGGUGGGAAACACAGAGAGGGGUAGAACGUUAGGCCAGGUAAAGGAUCCUAGAGUUUGGAAUCGAGAAGAGUAUCGACGCUUGGAGAGCGAGUCUUUCUCUAUUUUUGUGGAUAAUCUCCCAUUUGACAUCUCAAGGAGAGAGCUGUUUCAACUGUUUAACUGGACUGGACGCAUAAACGACAUAUACUUAUCGAGAAAACACAAGAAUGGUGGCUUGUACAUCUUUGCGUUCAUACGAUACACCACGAAAGGAGGAGCCUCAAAGGCUAUAGCAGAGAUGAAUCAUAUGAGGUUGAGAGGAAAUGUUAUUUUUGUGGGAGAAGCUAAAUAUAGAAGAACAUCAGAGGUGAAGGACGCAAACAGCAUUCCUCAACGAGGGGACCGCCGAAAUGCUACGGAUCGACAAGUACCAGAAGAAGGAGAAAAGGCUAAGAAGAACACAGAUUCUCCAAACAAGGUUUUGAUCAGUGAUAAUAAGGUUCAGGAUCCACCACAAUGGUGGACAAAGAAGAAGUAG